AAUGUUUGAUGUUUGCAGAGUUAAUAUUAAUUAAUAUAAAAUAAACUGUUUUCAUUUUUAUAUAAUUUUGCACGAGAAUGGCGAACUCAGUAAAUAUAUCAAUUGAAGCGCCCAUAGAAAAUCAGAUACAAGAAAUAACCUACGAUGGCCAAGAAAUAUAUCAAGCGCCGUUAUCUAUGUCAGAGAACCUUGCGCGUUUAGCACAGAAAAUUGAUUUUGCGAAAUCAGAUGAUGAAUUCUGCAACAUUAAGAAAGAGCCUGAAGUAGAGGCGAAAUCUGAGGAGGACAGCAAAGAACCCGGGUACCAGUCCAGUCAGUGGCCAUGGGACUCCGUGAGGAACAAGCUGAGGGACGCCCUAACACAAGUGUGUGUCCUGGCCGAUGUACUCAGCAUCGCCAAGGAGAAGAGAUAUAUGAUUCUAGACCCAAUUCAAGCAGAUCAGCAAGACACACGCCCCAUGCUCCAAGUGUAUGGUCGCAAGAAAGCGCUCGGAGCAGCAGCUGCAGUCCUACUGGCAGGAGUGGAACGUCUCCGAGCCAGUGAGACGAUGAGGAUGAACCGCAACAUGCCAGACUUCCACAUUGAUCUGCUGAGGCUGAGACAGAACUGGCGGCUCAAGAAAGUUUCUAACACUAUUGUUGGGGAUUUGAGCUAUAGGACUGCAGGUUCUAAGUUCAGUCAGACUGGAGUUUUUGAGGUUACCAAAGCUCCAGAGGAGCAGAUAGCAGCCGCCAUGAGCCUGAACGCAGCCGGGCCGGCGCCUUCAGCGCUGCGAGUCACAGUACCCCCUGAAUUACAGGGGGUUGCCUUCAUAUCCGUACUCUGUCAGAAAGAACAAGAAGACGUAGUGACCGCAACUCUUUCGUCAUCUGCCCUGAACUGCCCGGGCACCCUGCCGGGCGAGGGCGCGGAGCUCCACUGGCAGCAGAAGCUGGAAGCCGCGCAGAACGUGUUAUUCUGCAAGGAGCUGUUCGCGAGGCUCGCUGCCGAGGCGGUGCAGCUCGAUGCUUCUAUACCGCACAUGGUUGUGGGGAACCAGAUUAUGGCUACGGUCCUGCCUGGAAUCCAAUUACUGAUUGGACUCUGCCACAAUAACGGUCAAAAUACUAAUAACAGCAACCCUGAUGCAGUCAAGGGCGAAGGUGGCGCCGGCAAGUCGGAGCACGACCACGUGCUGGAGCACUCGCUGCACCAGCUGCUGCGCGCCGUGCACCACGCCAACACGCACCACCCCUUCCCGCACCCCGCCACCGGCCCGCUCGGGCCCUCCAAGCGGCGCUGCCUGGCCGGUCCUAUGGCCGCGGACCGGUACGAGCUGUUGGAUAUGAGCAAGGAGCAGUCUUUGCUGGAACAAAUUAUACAGCAAGCGCAGCAUUUCUUCAUGCGUCGUCGCAGCGAAUAUGUCCUGGAUACUAUAGCUAAAGAGGUCAAGGAUCCUCUAAUUGUAUCACAUUGGAACGCGCUAAACAGCCCCACACAGUCCUGCGUGAAAAUCAACAUUAUGGCGUCAGGGUACGAUGCUGUGUGCCGCACAUCGUUGGUCGUGCACGUCGGCGAGAAGACCCUCAAGUGCAUUUGCCGCGACGGCAAAGUACGGCAUCUCUCCUACGAGCUACAGGAACUAAGAGACUUAAUUUACUGUCAGAUAUACCAGCACCAAAUGACUGCAGUCCAAGCUGUCGGUCGCUGUAUGGGUUGGCAGCUGCUUGCCAGCAGCUCGCAUCUUGGUUCGGGACCCGUAGAACCAUUGGGGAAUGCUUCAUCCUGCCUACUAGCUUCUCCCAAUGGUGACAGGAUGAUAGCAAUAAGAUGCGAGCCUUCAGUAGGCAUGCAAGUCUUCAUUGCUCAAUCUCCAAGGAAAGACUUCUUCUCCAGUGAACUUGUGCAAGACAAGAAAUGGGAAAAUCUGGGUGGAGCUUUCAAGGAAAUCAAACUGGACAAAAUGGAAGGCAAAAACUUCUUGAACAAAAUGGAGCUUCUCAUGGCAUGUCUCAGCAGCCCUUCAUAACUAUAAUUUAUGAUUAAAUGAAUAUGUAAGAUAAAAUGGUAUAAUAAAACUUAUUAAGCAAAGUAA